AUGGCCGCUCACGCACCUCCAGCUGAACCGUUGCUGGUUGUCCUAGGCUCGACAGGCACGGGUAAAUCCGAGCUAGCCGUCGAACUGGCACGGCGGUUCAAGGGCGAGAUCAUCAACUCUGAUGCCAUGCAGCUUUACGAUGGCCUGCCCAUCAUCACAAACAAAAUCAGCCACGAGGAGCGGCACGGCAUCCCGCACCAUCUUUUAGGCCACAUCCCGCUGGACGACGCUCCGUGGGACGUGGAGAAGUUCAAGACUGAAGCCAGCAAGGUUAUUGGCGAAAUUCGCAGCCGUGGAAACUUACCCAUUCUCGUGGGAGGGACGCAAUACUAUGUCGACCCUCUUCUCUUUAAAGACGUCAUCCUCGACGAUGUAAAGGCGGACCCCUCUCUGUCAUUCCCAAUCCUGGAGCAGCCUACAGACGUGCUGCUGGAAGAGCUGAAGAAGGUUGACCCGAUUAUGGCGGAGAGGUGGCACCCGAAUGACAGACGCAAGAUCCAGCGAUCACUCGAGAUUUAUCUUCAUACAGGAAGGCCUGCAUCCGAGCUGUAUGCCGAGCAAGUACAACGUAAAGCUGCGGCCGCUCAGGACGCAGGGACCAGCCUGCCUUGGGAGAAGUUGCUCUUCCGGGUUUAUUCAGAGCGUGAGACGCUGACUGCGAGACUGGACAGUCGAGUGGACAAGAUGCUCGAUGCUGGGCUGUUGAACGAGGUUCAGGAGCUGUUUGAUAUGAAACAGCGCAAGGCUGCUGAGGGACAGAUCCUGGACAUGACAAAGGGUAUAUGGCAGUCCAUCGGUUACAAGCAGUUUGAGCCAUACAUGUCCGCCAAACAAGAGGGCAAGGGCCCGGAAGAACUGGAGAAGCUAAAAAACAGCGGACUGGAGGAUAUGAAGACGGCAACGCGCCGGUACGCCAACUAUCAGACCAAAUGGAUCAGGCUGAAGCAGAUCCCACGCCUGAAGGAGCAAGGCCCCGGGGCGUUUGACAGCUUAUACGUGGUCGACAGCACCGACGUCUCACAGUUCAAGACCAAGGUUAUUGAGCCUGCUGCCGAGGUUACGGCAAAGUUUCUCGCCGGAGAGCCCAGGCCGAUGCCGACCGAGCUAUCAGACGUGGCCCGCGAGCUGCUCACGCGAGUGAGUGAGCCUCCGCCCAAGGAAACUCCGGCGAAGAAGACGUGCGAGAUAUGCCAGACGGUCUGCGUGACGGAGCAGGCUUGGCAGAGGCACAUCAAGGGCGCCGCGCAUAAGCGGGUCAUGAAGAAGAAGAAGAGGCUGGCCCUUGUGCCGGUGGAUCAGAGUCCAGACGACCGCUCCGAUGCGGAAGCGUCAUCAGAGCCUGAUGUAACCUCGCUCUUUGCUCCUUGA